UCAAAAGAAAUUUCUUAUUGAAAUUAUCGCGUUGUUGUACGGUCCCAGCUAAAUCGCUUUAAUUCGACAUGAAAUCUCUACUUAUUUCGUUGGCUUUUAUUGUCGUGAUGACUUUGUGUGAAGGACUACCAUUAGGUGAUAGCUUGACACGGAUCGAUGAAGAACUGAACGAGCAGAUGGGCAAAGAUUUCGACGGCAUGUCUGUGGCCAUGAAUGCUGAAAGUUCAGAAAGUGCGGACGUCAGCACGACCAAAAAAACCGAGUAUCGUCGAGUCUCGGUCCAAACAAAGGGAAUCGAAACAGCAGGAAAACAAACCUGCAUCACAGGUCGGUUUGUACGAAUCGAAAAAGGAAGAUGACUUGACGGAAAAAAGGCCGCAACAAGCGAAAGGCGAGCUUGAAGUCCCCAGUAAUGAAGAAUCUACCGUUGAGGAAUCUUCGAGAGAUAAUGAAAAGAUCCAUGGAAAAAACAGUGAGCAAAGAAAUGAAAAUCAAAAGGACAAUGUCGUGGAAAAGGAUGGUGAAAACGAGAACGAGAACGAUUCUGACGCUAAAAAUGACGACGAAUUAAAAAGGAAGACUGAGGAAAAGGAUGACAGUAAAGAAGAUGAAAUUGAUGAAACACAGAAACAAGAUGAGCAAAAAGAAAGCGACGAUGAGCAAAAAGACAACGAAGAUGAGCAAAAAGACAACGAGAACGAGCAAAAAGACAACGAGGACAAGCAAAAUGACAACGAAGAUGAGCAAAAUGACAACGAGAACGGACAAAAAGACAACGAAGAUGAGCCAAAAGACAACGAAGAUGUGCAAAAAGACAAAGAGGAAGGGCAAAAGGACAACGAAGAAGGGCAAAAAGACAACGAAGAUAGGCGAAAGGACAAUGAAAAUGUGGAAGAAAAAGAAAGAAAAAACGAAAAGAAUGAGAAAGAAAGAAAGCUGACCGGUCAGCAACUAAAAAACGAAAAAGCAAUGAAUGCUAAGCGUUUGGGGAAUUUCUACGAUAUCUAUCCUUAUCCAUUAUGGCCCAUAGAUUACGGCUUAACCUAUCCUAUGCAAUAUCCUGGAUAUCCUUUGUAUCCAAUAUUUGUCGUUCCCAAACCCGAUGACGAAGAAGACAAAGAUAAGGAAGAGGAAAAGCCGGUGGCAAAUAACGAGAAAGGAUCGAAGAGGCAUUUUCUUUAUGGUUCACCAUCUUUAUACCGCAAUGGUUACGGUUAUGCACGCCGUUACGGCUAUCUCAAUGGACCACAUGCUUUUCCUGUUUAUUAAUUUUCCCUGCACUAUUUUUAAUCAAUUCCGUAACAUUAAAGCACACGGCAAGACUUAGUCUAUAAACAGUAGCGCGUCGCCUGAUUCCUAUAGAGAAGCACACUAUUAGCGACAAGCAUCAUGAUGAUGAUGAUGAUGAUGAUAUAAUUAAAUUUUAUUUCCUA